AGGCAGUUAAACCACCUUAAUAAUCAAAUGCUUGGGUCCACUUCCCCUUUGAAUGCAGCCAAUCAACAGCUGUGUUUUUACCGGGGAUAACGGGGCUACACGCGUUUAACGUCGGGCUUUGAUAGAUUACUACGAUAGGAAACAUCUGAUGAGGAUCCAUGAAUUUCGCUGGGACCCUCCAUUUUUUGGCACAAUAUCCCUUCGUAAAACUUACCUAGGGUAUUAUAUAAUAUCCUUUCCUAGGUAAACAAACCAACAUGUCUUUACCUACCACGAACUCCAACGGGCAAUCUUCUAUCCGGAAUUUCUUCCAGCCCAAAUCGCCAACCUACGCUCCGCCCCCCGCCCUGUCACGUACACAAGCUACUACUGCUGCUCCGCCGGCGCCACCACCACUAGCCGCUCGUCCGCCCCCAAUACCCGGACAAGAUGGACCGAAAGCACCACCAUCGCCGGCAGCCAACGCCAACACGCCGCCACAAAGGCCACCAUCCCUCCACCCACAAGCGACCAUAGCCCCGAUCCUGCCCGAGUACAUCCCCGCGCUCCGGCGAAUAACCUCCCUCCUGCUUCCCGUCAACUACCCCGACUCCUUCUACCAGCGUCUCUCCGACCCCCUCUCAUCCGGCGCCUUCAGCCGCGUGCUGCUCUGGUCAGACCCAGCCGACCCCAACGGCACGCCCAAAGUAAUCGGCGGACUCGUCUGCCGGCCCGAACCCUCGCCCUUCGCGCCCUCAUCCGCGCCCGCGAAGCCGAACGCGCUGUACAUCCAAUCGCUAGUCCUGCUCUCGCCCUACCGCUCCCUAGGCCUCGCGGCGGCGCUGCUGGACGAGAUAGCGGCGCUGGCGGCCGCGAGCCCGUUCGCGUGCGAGGAGGUGUACGCGCACGUGUGGACGGACAACGAGGACGGGCUGCGGUGGUACCUGGCGCGGGGGUUCGGCAAGCACGGCGAGGUCCGGGGUUACUAUUUCAAGUUGCAGCCCGACAGCGCGUGGAUUGUGCGGCGGCAGAUCACUUCCACCUCCAACCCUUCCCCUAGCUCCAGCAUCCCCAACUCCAUCGCCGCAACAAUCCCGCCGAGCGCCACAGCAGCAGCCGCCAAUCUCCUCGCUCCCAAACCCCAACCCCCUCGCCCUACACCCCCGAUCCUCGCAACCACAGCAACCACCCUCAGCACCCUCUCCCCACCCCUCGCACCACCCCCACCACGCAGCUCCGGCCCCUCGCCGAACCGCUCGGGGCCCAGCACGCCCGGCACGGGGACGGGGAUAUCGUACCAGAACGCGCGGCCGGAGACGGAGUGGAACGACCUGCCGGCGGACAUGCACUUAGGCAGCAGUAACGGCGGAAAUGGGAAUGGUACCAGCGCGCCGGGGAGCAGCGCCGCGAGCUCGCGCAGCAGUUCGGCUGCGCCUAGGAAGAAGCGCGACCGGGCUUAUCCGGCGGCUGCUUUUGGGAAGUGAGGGUGGGCAAGUGUGCGUGGGUAGGCUUGAGCUUGAGCGGUUGGGUGAGGGAAGAGGGUAGAGUAGUGAUGGUGGUGGUGGGGGAAGUCGGUGGAGGGGGAGUAGAGCAGAGCAGAGCUGUGACUAGAUUUGGACAACGAGGGGAGAGAUGGAGAAACGGAGAGUAAAGGCUGUAAAUGCCCAUUGAGAAAGAGACCGAAGAAACGAAUCACGAGUUUGACAAACGAGGGUAAAACGAGACAAGGCAAGGCAGGGAAGUCAAUAUUCUAUUUGAACGUAGAUAUCUAUAAUCUGGAGUAGAUCGUGGCCGAGGCUGUUCGCAACAAUAGGGGGAGCGGGCCGUGCCGUUCAAGUUCCAAAGAAAAAAAAGAAAAGAAAUGGGUGGGGAUAGAAAGUGGUUUAGAGACCAUAAUUAUAUACUACUCCUAAGUGAAUAGAUGCGUAGUCUUAAUACAUCAUUAAUUCAACCAGAACGGUAUUUGGCCCGUAAGCUGUAAACAUGGUAGAUUUGCCGUUUACCAUUUUAUUGCAAGUGAUUUAGCGAUGAUAAUUCCCAAAUUUGCCCUGCUGUACAGGUCAGAGUUAUG